AUGACCGAGGCAACUCCCCAGUCUAACGAACCAACCAAGAACAUCGUCAUCUUGGGUGGUUCAUACGGCGGCAUCUCAACAGCCCACUACCUCCUCAAACACACAGUCCCCAAACUGCCAAACCCACAAACCUACCAAAUAAUCCUGAUCAGCGCCUCACCCGAGGUCCUAUGCCGUCCCGCAACCCCACGUGCAAUGAUGUCAGAUGAUCUGCUCCCCCAAGACAAACUCUUCGUCUCAAUCCCAACGCUCUUCAAGAACUACCCAGCGGCGAACUUCCGCUUCGAACACGCACAUGCAAAGCGCGUAGACCACGUGAACCGCACAGUCUCAAUCCAAUCCAAGAAAGCCGAGCAAAGCCACGAGCAAACACUCCCUUUCCACGCCCUAAUCAUCGCAACAGGUUCCUCAACCCCCUCGCCCCUGCUGGGCCUGAACCACGACGCGAACGAUCUACGCGCCCACUGGGCCGUUUUCCGGCAUGCCUUGAAAAAAGCAAAAACCAUCGUCAUCGGCGGCGGCGGACCCGCCGGCGUCGAGGUCGCCGGCGAACUGGGCGAGCACCUCAACGGCCAGGCCGGGUGGUUCGCAUGCAAGCUCGAGAACCCCAAGGUGUCCAUCACAGUCGUGACAUCCGGGUCUCAGAUCCUGCCCGUGCUGCGGGCUAGCAUUGCCGAGAAGGCGGAGUCUUAUCUGGCGCGCGUGGGCGUGACCGUUAUCAAGGAGACGAAAGUCACGAGCGUGGCGCCGGCGGGAGCGGGCACCGAGGCGCUACUCACGACCAGCGCGCCUGCGACGGUCGCGCUGUCCGAUGGCACGGAGCUGCAGGCUGAUAUCUAUAUUCCAGCUGUGGGGGUUUUGCCUAAUACGUCCUUUUUGGAUGGGUCGCUGCUCGCCGCUGAUGGGCGCGUCGAGACUAAUGCUUCUACGCUACGGGUUGAUGGGGCUGGGGAGCGGGUCUACGCUGUUGGUGAUGUUGGGUCUUAUGCGCGGCCGGCUAUUCAUGGGAUUAUGGAUGCUGUGCCGGUUUUGUGUGCGAAUGUCAGGCGCGAUUUACUUAUUGCGGAGGGGGCUGAUCAGGCUUCCUUGGGAGUGGAGCGUUUGUUCACGGAGGAUACACGGGAGACGCAGUUGAUUCCUAUUGGGAGGAGUAAGGGGGUUGGGGCGGCGAUGGGGUACUGGGUGCCUAGUUUCUUGGUUUGGCUGAUUAAGGGUCGGGAUUACUGGCUCUGGACGACGGGGGAUCUUUGGAGUGGGAAGCAGUGGAAUAAAGAGUCCUGA